CCUCGAUAUGCCAUUUUAUCUCACAGAUGGAUGAAACAUGAAGUGACUUUCGCCGACAUCAAGAGCAGGAACUUCCGGGCUGCGUCAGGCCAGAACCACAAACUCUGGGGAAGCAUUCGUCGGGCUCGGGCUGAUCACUUCAAGUUCUUAUGGGUUGACACCUGUUGUAUCGACAAGAGUGACAGCGUGGAACUAAGCCAGGCGAUCAACUCUAUGUAUUGAUGGUAUCGAGACGCACAGUGUUGUUACGUUUAUCUCCCCGACGUCGAUCAAGACGACUUGGAGAACUCCUUUCUAAACAGCGAGUGGUUCAAGCGAGGUUGGACAUUGCAGGAAUUACUUGCUCCACAGAAAGUGCUUUUCUUUGAUCGGCAAUGGCAGCUGUUAGGCGACAAAAUAAGUUUGGCACACACCAUCUCCUCUGUUACUGGAAUU